UUGACUAAUUUUCGUGAUUACUUUUCUAGGGAAUUCAGCGUACUCUUCAUUUACUUAUCUGCUUUUAUCUAUUUCAGGAACUCUAAACUAACUCGUCUUCUGCAAGACUCACUUGGUGGGAACUCGAAGACUAUUGCUAACAUUGGUCCUGCAUCAUAUAACUAUGACGAAACUUUGUCUACCUUACGGUAUGCUAACCGUGCCAAGAAUAUUCAAAAUGUUGCUAGAAUCAACGAGGAUCCAAAAGAUGCGCAGCUCCGAAAGUAUCAACACGAGAUAGAAAUGCUCAGAAAACAGUUGGCAGAAGAAGAGGCAGACAUGAAUUCUGAGAACGAAUCUACGUGGGAGCUCCGUAUGCAGGAAAUGGAGCAGAACUUAGAGAAGACUCGUGAAGAGCUGGCUGGAAGAGAUGUCGAGGACGAAGAGACCAGAAAAUUGGUGCAGCAGAUGUUAGAGAGGGAGGCAGAGCUCAAACGAGCAAGAGCAGAACAUGCUGAACUACGCGCCAAACUUAGCCAAAUGGAAAGUAGACUAAUAGUUGGUGGAGAAAACAUGUUGGAGAAAGCAGAAGAGCAGGCGAGACUGCUUGAGGAAAGCAAUCGGUACUCGUCUCUACAAGAAGAGGCAGCCGCGAAAACCCGUCGUUUGCGGCGUGUUUGGAGUGAAUUGUGCGAAGUCCGUACGGAACUAACUGAUUCCGAAGCAGAGCAUCAGAGAGAAGUUGAGGGUCUGCUUGAAAGCAUAAGGCAGCUGAGAAAGGUUAGGUUAGACUUAGAAUGA